AUGCUGUGGGGGCUCUGGCAGGGCUGCGUGGUACAGCUGCCUGUGAGCCAGACUUAUGUAGUCAUUGAGCUCUUGGUGGCUGAGUGGCCAUGCGAGGAGUUCUUUCCGUACCUUUCGGUCUUCCCCAGCUUCGACCCCGUCAAGGAGAACGUUGCAGACUUCGGUGCAGCCGGACCUUGUACACUAGAACACAUCGCCGAGCAGGCCAUGGAAGUGAUGAAAUCUUACCGGAUGUAUGGCCUGGUAGGUUGCAACUGUCAGCACUUUGCCGUGGAUGUACUCAAGCGCCUGCCGGGCAUCAAGGACGCCCCGAGCCCCGAUGACCAGCGCCUCGCGGAGGUCAUUGAGCGGAGCGCACGUGCGAUCAGCAUCACCAACGGUGUGCUGAAAGGCUUGUUUUGUGCGAAGACAGCGUCGACGUUGGGCAGCAGCCUUGCAACUGGAGGGCUGGCAGGAGGCGCUGCGGGCACGAUGGCGCUGGGUAUAGGAGCAGCAGUGCUCACCGGGCACAUCCUAUGUGGCUGCGCAGUUGGUGCUGCCGCCUCCACAGGCGUUCGCAAGACCUAUGAGUGGGUCAGCAACCGUCAUCGUCGAGCAGAGGAGGGAGCAGAUGGUGCAGAUGGAGCUGAACAUGCAGACAAAAGUCCGGAACCUGCACGGGAGUCGUCUCCGAGUGAUGCGGACAUUGUCGGGCCCCUGCAGCCAGACGAGUCCGGACUGUCACUAAAGGAUGUGACUGAGUCUGUCAGGGUGGGAGGACCUUUGGGAGUAAUUUACUAG